AUGAGGACAUCGACGCCAUUAUGCGAAGAGCGUACCAUCGAGCUGAACAGCAAGUACAAAGGCCUCAAUCUUGAAGACCUCGUCGAACACGUCGGUGCAGCAGUGGGAGGGCGAGGACUUCAGGGCUGGACCCUCAACUUUAGCUCUUGUCGUUCGGUGGAUAAUUAUUUCAUGGACACUCUCCGUGCUUGCCCGUCGAAAGUGGACAAGAUUACAAAGGCGCCGAAGCAGAUUGCUGUCCAAGUCUUCCAGUUCUUCCCCGCCGAGCCGACGGUGCUUCAAGAGCGCGAGUUGGCAGCUCAUAAGUGA